AUGUUGAUUAUAUCAGAGUUUAAUCCACAAUUAAUGCAAUCCGAUGAUUCGGAAGAAGAAGUUGAUUACCAAUUUAAUGACGCAACCAAUUUGAAUCAAGUAGUUACCUAUCGUGGUAAGAUCAAGUCGCUUUAUGAUGCUUUGUUGAUUAUUGAAUCAUGUAGAUUGCAAAUUUUUCCAAUUAUUACCAGAAGAUUAACUGGUAUUGAAAGAACUAAAUUCAUUCGCCCAAAUACUAUUUUUGUAUGGAAUGAAACUCAAUGUGGUAUGAAGAGAUGGACUGAUGGUAAAUUAUGGUCUGCUUCUAAAGUUUACAAUGGGAAUUUUUUAAUUUACAAACAAUUGAAUAAGAAAACAAAGAAGGAAGAACCAAAUGGUUUAAUUAAACAAUCCUUUUCAUUGGUUACUAAAGAUAAUCAAAGAUACCAUUUAAUUAGUUAUUAUGAAAAUGAUCCACGUAUGUUUAACAAGAGUCCUAGUAGUAACAGUAACAAUACCAGCAUUACUUCCAUGAGACGAAUAGAAAGUUCUGAAUCUGAAGGUGAUCAAUCCAAAAACCUGCUUAAUGAUGAAGAAGUUCAAAUUCCAAGCCAGGAUCCUAAAUUAUCUCAAUUGAGACUUUCAAACACCAUAUAUCCAGAUAGUUUAUUAAACAGUGUAUUUAAGAGAAAGAAUCAACAUCACCAUCACCACCACCACCACCAUCAUCAAAGACAACAACAAACAUCACUGUUGAAUAUUCCACUGCCAGCUUCAAGUUCUAGCGCUUACUCACCAAUUGAAAGAAACUCAUAUUCUCCAAGCAUGGAUAGUACUUAUUCAACCAGUACUGUUUCAACUACAUCGGUGUCUACUCCAAAAUCAUCACUUUUAACUCCAUUGACUACAUUUCCAAAGAAUAUCGAAUCUAAGAAUUUCAAUGAAUCAUCAUUACUUCCUCCACCAUCUGUCUCGAAUUUUAACCUGAGUUUGAUGAAGGAUUAUGAUUUAAAUACAGUUAGAGUUUUGAAUAAAGGUGGUUGGUUGAAAUAA